AUGGAGAUACCAGAGACUGCAGUCCAAAAUAUCCAGAAAUUUGACCAGAAUCGUCACGCCGCGGAGAUAGAGUCCAUCAACCAGCCUCUUAGCGCAACGGAGCUGCAUGCCUAUGCGCGACGGUUAGAUGGAACAUUGCAGCAGCUUCAGGAUCAGGUUCGACGACAGGAAGAGGAUCUGAAAAAACUUCGCGAGGUUCGCACUCAUGGCCUGUCAGACGGCGGAGAUGACCGCUGGGCGCGUGUGCAACAAGCACGUCGGGCCAAGAAAGCGUACGAGUCCUUGCUUCAGGCUGAAGUUCGGCUGCCAACCACUGAGUCCGUCUUGCCUUCCUUAUUAGCUGUUGAAGAAACCGGACAGCUCAUAAAGGAGGGCAAGUUUUCUGUUUCAGUGACCGCAGAGAAGUUAUCUGCGGACCGUGAGCGUCUACGGAUUGAAGAGGCAAAUUUGCGGGACUCACGCGCUAUUGCUAGUGGCCUCCGUGAAAGAAUACAGAGAAUUCGCGAUGCCAAUGCGCGCAAGCGGGAGCAAACGCCAGCGCAAGUGGCCCAAGAAGUGGUUGCCGAACAGAAAAAGAAGAAUAAAGAUAAAGAUCGCGCAUCAAACGACCUCAGAGAGGCCUUAGAAAACUUUAUCGACGAAACACUGGCACCGAUGCUUGCGGCUGAAGACCUAGGUGGGCCCACGGUGGGCGAUGCACCAGAAGUGUCGGAUACGACAUUGAAUGCUGGAUAUACGGCCCACGGAAAACCGAAGAAAUCAAAGCUGCCGGAAGAGCCUGAACAAAGCAAUCAGCAACGGAUUGACCAGUUUCUUCAGCGCAACACGAAUCAUUCCAACUCUACAAACAAGCGACAGGUCGCCGCAAAAGAAAUGCAUGAGCUACUGAAUGCCCUCCUAGAGGCGGAUUUCUCCUAUAUUGACCUGGUGCGCGAUUCAGCGGCAUCUCGUUUCCUCAUCAAGGCUAAAGUGGCUCAGUUUCACCCGCGAGAUGCGCGACGUUUGCGUUUAAUCGACUUUGGCCGUUCAUUGGGAAGUUAA